AUGCAAUGCAAGUCACUUCUUCGAAAGGGUGUUGUGAUAGUGUUAUUUCAUACAAACAUUGUUAUAUUUAAUUAAUAAGUGAAAUCAAUGUUGAAAAACUGGAACUAUUUUAUAUAAAUUGAUAGUGAAACAAAAUGAAAUUGUGGUUAGUUGUACUUCAUAUCGUUUUAGUUGCAACCAAUAUAUGGGUCAUAGCACAUUUUCAUGAAGAACUUCCUGAAGAUAAUGAAUUUGCUGAGUUUGAAGAUUUUGAAGAAGAAAAAACAAGUCAAACAAUUAAUGACCGUAAUACAGAACAUCUUCAAGAAUCAAAUAAUAACCAAGAUUUUGAAGAAGAUGAUGUUUUAAUUGUUGAUGGUGAUAGUGAAUUUGAUCAUUUUCAAGAUGAAGAAGAAUUUGAAGGAUUAGAUGCAGCUGGAGGAAAUGCAGGACCAAAAAGUGAUGAACCAUCUACUUUAACAAUUACAAAAAUACCACUUCAUUUACGUGCAAGAUGGGAUAGUUUUUACUUAGAAAUAUUAACAAUCAUUGGAUUAUUAGUAUAUUUCAUUAAUUAUAUAGCAGGGCGUUCCAAAAAUGCCCACAUAGCAGAACUAUGGCUCAUAGAGCAUAAACAGCUUUUGCUAGAUAAUUUUUCUCUUGUUGGUGAUACAGGAAAAUCAAAUGAAGAUACAUCUGAAAAUGGUUUGGUAAAAGAAAGUCAAUCUCAUUAUAGUUUAUAUUGCUCAGGAAGAAUUGGAUGUGAUUCCAUGUUAAUUGAAUUGAAAUUAAUUAAAAGACAAGAUUUAGUUGCAGUAUUAGCACAGCUUGUACGGCCUCAAAAUGAUCAAGCCCAUAUACGUGUAGAAUUAGCAAAAGAGGAAACAGAUAAUUUUGUAUUAGCAAUUGCUACAAAAAAAACUGCUAUGCAUUUAGUACGUGAUAUGGCUGAUAUUAGCGUUUAUUGUCCAGAAAAGAGACCAGGAGAAAAAUUUGGUCUUCCAUCAGGUUUCUAUGUAAUGUCUGAAAUUGCUGAAGCAGCAUCAGCUAUUUUAGAUACAAGAGUUCUACAAGCAUUUUCAAAGUUUGCACCAUAUAUAGAUUAUAUACAUAUUAGUGAUCAAUUUAGUGGUCCUAAACAACAAGAAGAUACAACUCAAUUAACAAUGCCUGAAGUAAAAAGAGUUUUACUUGUUGGAUUAAACAUAACUAUUAAAGGACGGACUACUAAUGCAGAAGGUCAAGAAAAACUAAAACUUCUUUUACAAUUAACAUUUUACUUAUUAGAUAAAUUACGUCGUUUUAAAUUAUCUAAAGAGGGUAAAAGUAAAGCGGAUAAAAAUAGAUUAAGAGUAGAAGAAGCAUUCUUAAAAAUAACUCAUGCAGCUAGAGCUGAAGCAGCAGCACAGCGUAGAGAAGAACGUCGUAGAGCUGAAAAAGAACGUAUACUACAAGAAGAAGAUCCUGAUAAACAAAGAAAAUGGGAAGAAAAAGAACAACGAAGACUUGCUAAAAAACGAGCACCCAGAAUGAAACAACUUAAGGUUAAAGCAUUAUGACCAAAUAAAAUUAAUUAUAGAGAAUUUGUUGAAAUUUCUGAAGAGCUAUAAGUUGCUCAAUUGAACUGCCUAUUUAGUUUAACUCAUAUAGUGAAAUUAUAUUAUUUCAUUCAUCUUUACAUAUUUUUGAACUAUAAAAUUUUCAAUAAAUGAUUUUUAAUUAUUAUAAAAAUUAUAGGUAGAUUGCAUACUUAAAAUUGAUAAUUACUUAUAUAUUUUUUUGUUCUUAAUUUGUGAUAUGUAAUGUAAUAUAUAUCUUCAUUUUGUUUUCAUAUUGAAAGUAUAUCAUUACUGUUAUGUAUUUAUUUUAUGUCAUAAUUAUUGUAACUUAAAUAAGUUAUAAACUGGACAUAAAAUCUUAGA